UGGUUAACGAUAAAACUUUAUUUACACUCUGAUGGUUAACGAUAAAACUGUAUUUACACUUAUAUAUCUGUUCUUAUUAAAUGGUCGUUCUGGUGUUUCUGUCUCAGCCAUGUCUCCGGUCCUGGCGGGCUUCCUGGGAGCUGGUGUUCUGGUCUUGGUGGUGGUGGUUCUGGUUCUGCUCUGGUCUUUCUGUCAGCGUCGCUACCUGCGCAGCUCUGGACGCUACAAGCUGCACGGCGACCGUUACUGCGACACCGAGGACCCCCCGUACAAGUUCAUCCACAUGCUGAAGGGCAUCAGCAUUUACCCAGAAUCCCUCAGCAGCAGCAAGAGGAUCGUGCGAGGAAUCCGGCGCGCGGACCGCUCCAACCGCGACGGAGAGCGCGGCUCCACCGCCGCUGGCGCUGGUGUCGGUGCUGCUAGCGGCUCUGGGCGGGGCAUGGUGCUGGUGGACGCUGAGAACAACAUCCUGGAUGUCCCGGGGCAGUUACAGAUGAGUCACCUCGUCCCCCCCGCCGGGCCGGUGGAGCGGGCCUUGCCAGUCCGCGCCGACUACUGCUGCCUGGACAGCAGCUCGGCCAGCAGCAGCCAGACCAGCAGCAAGACGGCGUCCCCCUUCAGCCCCGCCUCCUCGCAGACGGAGCCCGAGCCCAGUCUGGGCGCCAUCAGCCUCACGGUCGACUACAACUUCCCCAAGAAGGCCCUGGUGGUGACCGUCGUCGGGGCCCGGGGGCUCCCCGCCAUGGACGAGCAGGCGGGCAGCUCGGACCCGUACGUGAAGAUGACCAUCCUGCCGGAGAAGAAGCACCGCGUCAAGACCCGCGUGCUGAGGAAGACCCUGGACCCGCUGUUCGACGAGACCUUCACCUUCUACGGCGUGGCCUACAGCUCGCUGCCCGAGCUCACGCUGCACUUCCUGGUGCUCAGCUUCGACCGCUUCGCCCGCGACGACGUCAUCGGCGAGGCCGUGGUGCCGCUGAAGGGCGUGGACCCGAGCACGGGCCGAGUCCACCUGAGCCAGCAGAUCACCAAGAGGAACAUGCAGUGUGAGAGUCGUGGAGAGCUGCUGGCGUCUCUGUCCUACCAGCCGGUGUCUCACCGUCUCAGCGUGGUCGUCCUGAAGGCCCGACACCUCCCCAAGAUGGACAUCACCGGCCUGUCAGCCAAUCCGUACGUGAAGGUGAACGUGUUCUAUGGACGUAAGCGCAUCGCCAAGAAGAAGACCCACGUGAAGAAGUGCACCCUGAACCCGGUCUUCAACGAGUCCUUCAUCUACGACAUCCCGCCGGAGCUGCUGCCAGAGAUCUCCGUGGAGUUCCUGGUGGUGGACUUCGACAGGACCACAAAGAACGAGGUUCUGGGCCGCCUGCUGCUGGGCCUCACAAGCCCUGCCCCCUCCGGAGCCUCCCACUGGAGGGAGGUCUGUGAAAACCCCCGCCGGCAGAUCUCCAAGUGGCACAACUUGAACGAGUACUGAAGGAGGAGGAGCCAGAGGAACCAGUGAACACCACUGGGAGAUAAAGACUCGAGUGUACAGCGCACACACACACACACACACACACACACACACACACUGAUCACAGGUAACCCCGUCCACACCUGGUACUAACAUGAUUCUUUCGUGAUCUGGUCUCAGAUCAGGUCUCUGUUCGCUGUUUAAACCAGCGGCUGGUAGAACCAAACCACUUCCUGUGUGCUGUGAGUAGAAGAAGAAGAAGAAAGAGGGUUCAGUUCCGUCCACUGUGAACAAUUAAUGUCGGUCCGCAUUUCUGCAGACUUUGCCCUCAAGGGAAUUACCCAUAAUUCAUAGCAUUGUGACGGGUAGAGGGGUCACCACCGGAAGACUGAGACGUGUAAAUAAAUAAUAAAUUAAGAAGGUAAACCCUUCAAAUCAAGGAGUAAAUAAAUAAAAUAAAGAAGAAUUAAAUAAAUACCCACAGUUGUACACAGCAUGUUAUGACGUCAUGGUAACGUGAUGUCACACUCAAAAAAACAUUUGUUCAGGGCCUGAGGGUUCAGGGCCUGAGUAAUAAAGUCUUUAAGAAUGACUUAAGAUCUCUAUGAACUCAAACACACUGUAAAGAUCUAAAGGUUUAUUUGUCAGAGUGAGUUACAGCGCUGCUGGUCUCAUAUCUACUUUAAUGUGAACACACAUAAGGUUACUCGAUUAUGGGUCAUAACUGAGGUCAUCACACGUCUCACUCGUAGCUCUGCUGGUGGCUGAAGUCUGUCUCCUGGAGAUGAAUCAAUGUUUACUUCCUUUACAGUUGAUGUGUUUAGACUUCACAAUAGUUGUGCAGAACAGAAUAAGCAUUAAUAAGAAAAGGAAAGCUUAGUGUCCGUCCUCCUCAGA